CGGAACCGAAAGUUCUGUACUGCUCUGAGUCCUAACUUCUUCUCGGUGUAGAUCCAGUGGUGUCGCUAGCACUGACUGCUUCAGCUGACUAAGCCGCCUGAAAGUUUGCCUCUAUCUCAACGCCAGCAGCCAGACGUUUUAGGAACAGAAGUUUCUCCAAUUCCCAAAUUGCCUGGACUCGGAGGACUCCGGGUAUACAUCCAUGGGGUUUCCCCGUAGCACCUACUCAUAAGUAAAGGACACGUGAGUUUCAAUUCAAUUAAACGCGCCGUGACUUAUCUCCGAGUCACGUCUUACCCAAGGGGGGCUUCCCGCGCCCAUGACGCGGUGUUUCGAGAGCGACAAUGAUGAUAUAAGAACUCAUGAUCAGAGCGCAACCCGUAAAAAAGCCGACCCACCUGUUCAAUCUGUCACAUGUCUUCUGAUAUACUCAUCCUCUUCGUGGCUGCACUGGCCACAGUUUUCUUCUACAGUCGUCGACACAGUAGAUUACCACUACCCCCCUGGGCCAUCUCCAAAGUUCUUUACCGGAAAUGCUCAUCAACUGCCAAAGAAAGAGCCUUGGCUGAUGUAUGCCACGUGGGCUGAAAGCUAUGGCCCCAUAUUCUCCUUCCGCGUGCCUAACCGGCAGUUCAUAGUCCUCAGCUCCCUACAAUCGGCUACUGAAUUGCUCGAUUCACGCGCCACUACAUAUUCUGAUCGUCCAAGAAUAUGGAUGUACACAGAACUUGCGAAGCGCAACCUGACCCCGUUCCACAUAUCUUUCACUCACCCGUAUUUCAAGACUUAUCGCACGGCCCUCAAAGCCAGUCUGAGUCCCCGCACUAUACAAAGCUACCAGUCGCUGCAAACCGAACAAUCUCGUGUCCUGCUUGAUGGUCUGCACAAGAGCCCUGAACAUUUCGCCGAUCAGAUCAAAAGGAAUUCAGCGGCCGUUGUCCUUUAUCUCGCAUAUGGUUGGAAGGUUACCGACAAUGACGAUUAUUUCAUCGGUAUCCUGAAAGAAGGCACAGAAAUCCCAGCCAUACUAUCCCAGCCUGGACGUUGGUUGGUCGAAGCGAUACCAUCAUUGCGUUUCCUACCUUCAUGGUUUCCAGGGGCGGGUUUCAAGCGUGUAGCAUUUGACCUCGGGCACAAGUUAAGUAGGGUCGACACAUUGCCAUUCAAGUGGUCCAAACAGCAAAUACACAGCGGCAGCUACACGCAUUCCUUCGUUUCAGAACAGCUCCUUCCAGAGGAUGGGUCCACGGUCAGCGCCCAACAAGAAGAGAUCACCAAGUGGUGCAGUCAGGGGAUCUAUGCAGGGGGAGUAGACACCACAUCAUCAUCCUUGACAUCUUUUAUCCUGGCGAUGGUGCUUUAUCCCGAGGUGCAGAAGCAUGCUCAGGCAGAGAUCGAUGCCAUCGUAGGUCAGGACCGAUUUCCCACGUUCAAGGACAGAGACAAGCUUCCGUACAUCGGAGCACUCAUCCAAGAGCUCCUCCGCUGGGCACCCGUGGCUCCGCAAGGGCUCCCGCACCACGCCAUGAGGGAAGACGUCUACAAAGGGUACCGCAUCCCCAAGGGUGCAACCAUCAUCGCGAACAUUCUUGCCAUGUCACGUGAUAAAGACAUGUAUCCCGACCCAUUGGAGUUCAGGCCUGAGCGUUUCCUUGGUCCCUCGCCACAAUUGGACCCACGCAAGUUCAUCUUUGGGUUUGGGCGCCGUGCAUGCCCUGGGCUGUAUUUUGCCCAAGCCUCCUUGUACCUCAAUAUCGCUUGCAUCCUUGCUGUGUUCACGAUCGACAAACCGCUCGAUGAGAGAGGAGAGGAGAUCACACCUCCUGCAGAGUUCGAGAAUGCUGGUGUACUCUGGAACCCUAAACCAUUCAAGUGCAGGUUCAUCCCAAGGAACAAGGAUUUGAUGACAACUCUCUCACAAUGAUAAGCACAUCAGUCAACAUCAGCCAAACUCCACGGAUAUGUAGAUUAUCAUGAUUGCUUCGUUCUGAGAUAUUUCUAACAACCAUGUACUUUUAUCUUGUCAGCAGUCAUGAAUCUCGUUGAGUACAGUCAGUAUCGACUGGGACAAUGCCUGUAUGAUCCAUCUAUGUCCUAUGUCUGCUCCCGUUGUUGGCAUUUCGCUAUGUUUCCAUUUCCUGUCACUGUCUCGUGAUAACGUUACCAUUUCUUAUCGGUUCACAGUUGGGUCUUUCCCUCAGGCUUAGACUAGUACGCCUUCAUCAACUUGCUU